CAUUUUUUUGAAGGCGUUGAAGCUCGUGUAGCACAAGGUAUACGAGAAGAGGAAGUAAGCUAUCAACUGGCUUUUAAUAAACAAGAGCUUCGCAAGGUUAUAAAGGAGUAUCCCGGUAAGGAAGUGAAGAAGGGGUUGGAUAAUCUCUACAAGAAGGUAGAUAAACACCUCUGUGAAGAAGAAAACUUACUUCAGGUUGUGUGGCAUUCCAUGCAAGAUGAGUUUAUACGACAAUACAAGCACUUUGAAGGGCUGAUAGCUCGCUGCUAUCCUGGAUCAGGAAUUACUAUGGAAUUCACUAUACAGGAUAUUUUAGACUACUGCUCCAGUAUUGCACAGUCUCACUAAGUUCUGGAAAGAGAAGCUAGCAAAGCUUGUGCCUGCGUAUAAGGGAAUCAAACACUAUCAACGCUAUUUGUUUUUAAAAGGUGGAUUUCCAUGUGUAUGUGUAGUUAACUGCCACAUAUGUCAAGUUACACUCCUGCUUCAAAUGUCUUUCAGGGCAAAAUGAAACCUUCGGGGAUUUGUUGCUCUUC